AUGGACAACGACACAGAACCGCUUGAAGGAAGCCAGUCUAGCACCUCGGGAUACGGAAGUCGAGACGACGUUGGACGCAUUCCACCGGCCCAACGUUAUCUCAGACGAGACUCGCUUACAGAGAUCAGUAACCGCCCGAGGACCCAGGGGUCACUGAAUGUUCUGGAUGUGUUUUCACUCAUCGUGAACAAGAUGGUCGGUACAGGUAUUUUUACAGCUCCGGCCUCUGUGUUCCUAAUGACUGGAAAUCGAAUCACGACCCUUUGCUUGUUUUUUGCUGGCUUCCUAUACACGAUUGUCAGCAUGGCGAUCUAUCUAAACUAUGCCAAGGUGUUACCUUUCAACGGUGGAGAGCUAGUCUAUAUCGACGAGAUCACAUCCUCCUACAAAGCUUCUGGAAGCCGAAGAUCAAGAUUCUUCGGCGAUGGGCUUCUUGCGUAUAUCAUUUACGCGAUAGCUUUCGUCUUGUUCUUCAAUUCGAGCACGAACGCAUUACAGGCCGGCCGCAUGAUUCUCAUAGUUGCCAAACCAGAAAAAGACGAAGUCGACCAUCAUCUUAUGCGUUUCAUUGGUGUUUUUUGCUUGUCUCUGAUUUGCCUUCUUCAAUACUUCAGUCCCACGUUUGGGAGAGGCAUGAACAAGGUCACCGCCGUGGGCAAGGUCUUUAUGCUUCUCGGCAUAUUCAUUGUUGGUUUAAUCGCGGCUUGCCAAUCUAAGUCUAAGGAAAAAUGGGAAGAUAAACACGAAAUCGACGAUUCAACAAAACAUGAGAAAGGUGUUCUCUUGGCCAAGGCUCUUCUUACAGUCCUUUUCAGCUUUCAGGGAUGGGAAAACGCUACAUUUGUUACUGGUCAAAUCAGUGCGGAUAGGCAUUCCACUUUGCGCAAUGGUUUCCUCAUUGCUGUUUUCACAGUGGGGUCUCUAUAUAUUGUAAUCACAGCGGUGUUUCUUCAAGCCGUGGAAUGGGACAAUCUUGUGAAGAAGGAAGGCGAUUCCACAAAGACGACAACAAAUUACACCCCCCUUUUCAAUAAAAAGUCGGAAACGGCCCCGGUGGCUUGGGCAGCUGUGACUGCGAUGUCUGCUUUGGGAAAUCUCAACGCCAUCAUCUACACAUUUUCAAGAGUCAAACAAGCCAUUGGCCAAGCUGAAAUCCUACCUUGGUCACGGUUUUGGAAACAGGACGACAUAUUGCAGCGCGAGGAAAACGAGUUUUACAACAAGUCCCCGCAAGGCGGUUUGAUUAUUCACUGGAUAAUGAGUGUUGCUCUUAUACUAGUGACGAUUGGCAUUGAAGACACUGGGGAAUCGGUUAGCUUCCCAGGAUAUAUUCAAACUUACAUCCACUGCGCAAUUCUCGCAUUCCUUGGCUUGGGGUUCUUCAAUCUUGACGCCCGAGAGACAUCACUGUGGCCUGAGGACAGUGACCACCGACGUAAUCUGUCUUCGGCUGUGAAGUAUAUCUUCUAUGCAAUCGUACCGGUCUACGUUUUCUUGAACCUUGCCACCAUGGUUGUCACAGUUCUCAAACCAUAUAAAACCAUUGGAGGAACUUCCUCAAACGCUGUUCCUGGCUGGGUAUACCUUCUCAUAACAGGGCUGAUAAUUCUUAUCGGUACUGCUUACUAUAUUUUAUUCUUUGGGGCAGUGCGCAGGACAUAUCGGUUAUUGCCCGCCAGGGCCAAUGGUACUACACCUGCUGUGACCACUAGUUCUGUGAAUGGUAUACUCGAGGAAGGCAGUAGAUGGAACUUGAUGCGUUGGGCUGGAGUGAAAUGCGAGAUGAUAAAGGACGACGGAUAUAAUGUGAUGGUUCCUCGUGUGUAUCGAUUUGGUAGGCGUUGGCGGUUGGUCUACAGUCUUCCGGGGGAUGUUGUGGAGAUGAAUGACGUUGGGCAAGGACCUACACAGGAACAGAUGCCUCCUAGUUUGACUUGGAUGGAAUUCCGAUAUUGGCUUUUCGGUGGAACACGACUCACGGGUCGACUUUGGGAAAGGAUGAAAAGAUGGCCAGAGCAAACGAAGAAGUCGAGAUGA